AAACAGGAUAUUGACAAUGUAGAAGUUGCUAGUGGGUCUCCACUUCCAGGACUAAAGACACAACAAUUGGAUGAAUCAUUCAGGAUUCCCCGAGAAACAAUCGAAAUUCUUAAGAAUCAAGUGUUUGGAUUUGAUACUUUCUUUGUGACAAGCCAGGACCCAUAUGAGGGUGGAGUGUUGUUUAAAGGAAAUCUGCGAGGAGAGGCUGCUAAGAGCUAUGAAAAGAUAACAAAGAGAAUGCAGGAUAACUUUGGGGAUGUAUAUAAGCUUUUUCUUUUAAUUAAUCCAGAGGAUGAUAAACCUGUAGCUGUUGUUAUUCCAAGAAAGACCUUACAACCAGAGACAACAGCUGUCCCAGAAUGGUUUGCUGCCGCAGCGUUUGGACUGGUUACUGUAUUUACUCUACUUCUCCGAAAUGUCCCCGCAUUGCAAUCCAACUUACUAUCGACUUUUGAUAAUCUUGACUUGCUUAAAGAUGGACUAUCUGGUGCCUUAGUAACUGCACUUGUUUUAGGAGUGCAUGAACUCGGCCAUAUAUUAGCUGCUGGAGAUAGAGUUAAGUUUGGGAUUCCAUACUUUGUUCCUAGUUGGCAGAUAGGCUCCUUUGGUGCAAUCACACGGAUCCUAAAUAUUGUACCCAAGCGCGAAGAUCUGCUGAAGGUGGCAGUAGCAGGACCAUUAGCUGGAUUUUCUGUGGGCUUCCUUCUUUACAUUCUAGGUUUCAUCUUGCCACCUAGUGAUGGCAUUGGAGUUAUCGUUGAUUCAUCUGUGUUUCAUGAGUCAUUUCUUGCCGGUGGCCUUGCAAGGCUAGUUUUGGGCGAUGCCCUCAAGGAAGGAACUCCUAUAUCCGUGAACCCUCUUGUGAUAUGGGCUUGGGCUGGACUUCUCAUAAAUGCCAUCAACAGCAUCCCUGCGGGAGAGCUCGAUGGUGGAAGAAUUGCCUUCUCAAUAUGGGGCAGAAAGGCAUCAGCUCGAAUUACAGGCGUCUCAAUUGUUCUUCUAGGACUAGCCUCUCUGUUUAGUGAUGUAGCAUUUUAUUGGGUGGCUUUGAUAUUCUUCCUACAGAGGGGUCCAAUCGCUCCACUUUCUGAUGAAAUCACUGAUCCUGAUCAGAAGUAUGUUGGUCUUGGCAUUCUAGUUUUGCUUUUAGGGUUGCUGGUCUGCUUACCAUUCCCCUUCCCCUUCACCGAAGAAGCCAUCUCAAAUUUUUAAUGCUACAGUUCCUUUUCAUUUAUAGCCUCAGUUGUGCAUUGGUAGCAACCCAAAACUUGGUUUUCCCCCAAAUUCCAUUUUAGUUUAUUUCCAUUAUGAUGCAUGAAACUCAAAAAAUACAUCAUGAUUAGGAUUCAAUAGUCAAUAAAUUACUGCCCUCAAUCCUCUGUAUAUAAAGUAUAAUAUUGUAAUAAUGUUUUAUUAAGUUGCCAAAUAAAAUAGAAUCUCUAAUAUGUUAAAAUG